AUGAUCGACGACUGGAAGACACUGGAGGCGAAAAUUGAGUGUCCUGCUCAGAUUAACGCAUGUGUACGAGAAACUGGCAAUUGGGGGGUAUGCGUCACCGGACCGAAAACAGGGCACAGCCACGACAUCAGCCAAGCGAUCUAUCAGACCUACCACGAAGCACGCAAUGUCCCUGAGAGCGAGGUGAUAUCUACUGCGAUUCGCAAAGCUGGUGCGCGAAAAUUCGCGCCCACUAAGGAUCGUUUCAUUUACAAAUUUGCUGCCUGCCGCAUAAGGCUCGUCGAGACGUCGGCGUUGCAUGGUUGCGCUCCUGAGUGUAUUAUGAAGCAGUUCAUCUCAGCUGUGACGACUAUGCUAGGCUUCACUACAGGCCGGCCGAUCGAGAUCACUAGAUGUGGUGAUAAAGAGUCCUGUCCUGGCAGCAAACUCCGAGACGAGAAGGCAGAGGCGCACCCUGCUGAUCAACACGAGGGCGGCUCCCAACACCGUGACAUCCAACACAUCCGCUUUCUUCCACAAUAG